AUCCAAUGGCGAGCUGAUUGGGUCUGAUCUACCUACUAUAUAAACUUAAGAGAUUCCCACUCUAAACUGAUAAGUAUGCCAGCGAUAAAGCUGUUAUCAGAUAAAUAAAAAUACGCGAAAAACUUAGUUUAUAGUCAAAACAAAUGUAAUUCGAAAUUAGUUUGUUUAGAACGCUUGAACGGUAAAGUUUAAAUCUCAGAAUAUAUUUUGUACUUAAAUAAUUUUUUAAAUAAAACAAAAUGUUUGCACGUAAUUUAAAAUUGCAAAUAACAACAACAAAACUAAAAACUAAUAUAUUUUUAUUAGAAAGAUUAUUAAGUACACAAAGCACGUUUGCUACCAAUUUUGAUGAAGCUUUAGAUUAUAAAGCCAUACCCAGACCCAGCACUUUGAGAUUUAUACGCGAUUUUAUGCCAGGUGGCAAAUAUGAAAAUCUUUCAUUCUUUGAUUUCGCCAACGAAAUGCGUAAACAUUAUGGUGAUAUUUAUGUGUUGCCUGGUUUAUUUGGUAAACCCGAUUUGGUCAUGGUAUUCAAUACCAAAGAUAUAGAAACGGUUUAUCGCAAUGAGGGUCAAUGGCCUCAAAGACAAGGUCUUGAUUCUGUUAGACAUUUUAGAGAAAAUAUCAAGGGAGAUUUUUUUAAUCAAACUAUAGGCUUGCCAGUAUCCCAAGGUGAACAAUGGGGUAAAAUGCGUUCCAAAGUCAAUCCUGUUUUAAUGAAGCCUCAAAAUUUAAACAUGUAUUUGAAGCCACUUCAAGAAAUCAAUGAUGAAUUCAUUUCACGCAUUAAAGAAAUACGCGAUCCAAACACAUUAGAAGUUCCUGGUAAUUUCGAUAAUGAACUUAAUCGAUUGGCUUUUGAAUCCAUUUCUUUGGUAGCACUCAAUAGAAGACUGGGUCUUAUAAGCCGGGCUCGUAAUAAUCCCGAUGCAGAACGUCUAAUUGAAUGUACACGUUUGAAUUUUGACUAUGCUUUUAAAUUAGAUGUACAACCCUCAAUGUGGAAGGUUAUUCGUACUCCUACUUAUUACAAAAGUAUGAAGGUACAAGAAGAUCUAUUUUGGAUUACACUGAAAUAUGUGAAUGAAACGCUUAAGCAAAUCGAAGAGAAACAGAAGAAUGGAGACGAUAAUCAAGAAGUUUAUAGUGUUUUAGAAAAGCUGUUGGUAAGAGAUGAGAAAUUGGCUGUAAUUAUGGCUAUGGAUAUGUUAAUUGCUGGUGUUGAUACGACUAGUGUAACUCUUAUCUCCAUACUCCUGUGCCUGGCUAAAAAUCCCGACAAACAGCAAAAAUUACGAGAAGAAAUUCUUAAAGUAAUGCCUACCAAAGACACCGUAUUGAACGAAAGCAAUACCAAAAAUUUACCCUAUUUGAGGGCCGUUAUUAAAGAAUCCAUGCGCUAUUUCCCCAAUGGCACUGGCUCUUCCCGUAAACCCGUAAACGAUGUCAUACUAUCCGGCUACAGAAUACCCAAAGGAUCAAAUGUUGUAUUAAAUUUCAAUUGUUUGCUAAAAGAUGAAGCCUUCUUCCCACAACCGGAUAAGUUUUUGCCUGAACGUUGGCUACGUGAUGAGAACAAUAAAAAAGAUAAAUUAGAUCCAUUCAGCUAUUUGCCAUUUGGUGUUGGACCACGUAUUUGUGUGGGCAAACGUUUAGCUGAAUUAGAAAUGGAAGUGGUACUUUUAAAAUUAUUACGAAAUUUUGAUGUAGAAUUUAAUUAUGAUGCCUCAAAACCUUUUAAAGCUUUCUUUAUAAAUGUACCCGGUAUACCUAUGCGUUUUACCUUUAAGGAUAUUAAACAAUAAAGUUUAAUUUAAGAAAAAAACA